CGAUAAGAACGUGGAAGUUUCUGCCUGCAAUUAGCCUUGUCCGGAACGAAGAAACUGCUGCCAAGUUUGGCGCAAGCUCAUCCUUACUUACAGUUGCCUCGUACUAGAGUUAUCGUCACUUCGGACUUGGAGGCUAAGAAGUGGGCAGCUUUGUCAUGUCGUUCUUCACUCUUGACACGUUCCAGCAGUAUCACCAAGAAGUCGGAGCAGCGAUGGCAUCCAAGCUCGAAUCGAAAAACGAGUCACCAUCCAAUACUGGCAAGAAGAAUGCUAACGGCAAGCAAGAGGAGAAGCGUCCGUCUUCUCCAAGUCGAGCAAAUACGAGCGCUCACGCUGCCAGCGAGCUGGACCCUUUGUCAGCUCUAAAUCUUGCACGUGCUGCAGACCCGUGGCUUGGAAAUUCACUGUUGACACCAACAGCAUGCAGUUAUCUCGAUAGCGCCGAAGGUUCUUCGGCUUCUGCUGUCGCCGCAACUUCAUUAAAAGUAGUCGCUAUUGACCAUCCAGACGAAGACUGGGGAGAGUUCGAGACUUUUGCUCCACGUGAAGAGAAGAUAAAGC